AUGGAAGCCGCCGCCGAGGCAUUCAACAAGGUCCCCCGUGUUGCCAAAACACCCACCGGCCUGCCAAACCACUGGUUCUUCUCCGUCCGCCACGUGCCAUUGAACCCACCAGGCGAUCUGGUUCAUCUCGUGCACCCCCCAAGUCGCCUGGUCCAUGUCGAAGGACCCAGGCAGAUUGGCUCACUUCCUUCUCCGGACGUCAAGGCCGAUGCGGUCGUCCCUUUGCUGCUCAAGGCGUUCAUCACGGGGACCUCGACAGGCCCGGAUGGAAAGCCUCUCGCGGGGGUGAAGCCUACUGUUCCUUGGACGUGGGGUACGAAUGAUGUUGUACUCGCCAAGGCUGUUGAAGACAAGCUGAAAAGCAUCGGCGUGAGAGAAGAGCUCUGCGUGGUCCAGACUGGUAAUAAGGAGCAUGAAAAAAUCUCCGACGAGUGCUGGUCUGGAUUCCUCAGUGAGCUUACCAAACAGGCGGGCUUGCCGAAUCCCGAAGCUGGAAAGGUCUGUGGUAGAUGCAAGACGGGAGGAUCGCUGAAACAGUGUGCCAAGUGCAAGAAGGAGGUUUACUGCUCUAGAGAGUGUCAGACAGCCGAUUGGAAGCAGCAUAAGAAGAUUUGUGCCUCGUUGGCUGGAGGGGCUGUUUCUAGUGUCAGCAGUUCCAACUUGGAUGCAUUCGCCUACUACAACAACCAUGCGCACAAGGUUCCUGAAGCUCAGGAGUUGGCCAAGUCACUCAAUCUGACACUUCCAACUGGAGGGAAUGAAGGACUGAUCAAGCCAGUCCGCCGUCUGAUCAUCACAGGAAAGGACACCAUCGGAAACUUUCAACUUCUGAUGGGACCACAGUGGAGGAAAAUCGCAGGUUCGAUGCGCGAAGAACAGCGAUUGGAUGUUCUUCUUCGCCCUCAACCCGGUUCCCCAAGCUAUGCUUUGCACCAUCAAUAUGAUGAGGAUACGCCAACCUGGUCGCCAACUCCAGCCACCACGGCCGAGAACGAGAAGGUACAGGAGAUCCGCGAAAUGCAGGACUUUAUUGUCAGUCGCGUUGGUCCAGGCAAGCAGCCGGAUAAGGAUGAGAUGAGAGGCAUUCUUACUGCAUUCGGGGCGAACUGGGCUGAAAAGUUGGGCGUUUAUCAGACGGCACUCAAUGCAUUGGACCAAGGAGUUCACGCUUAG